AAUCGCGAACGGAUGCACAAAACAACUAAUUGCAAAUGCUAAAAAUAAUCGCUACAUCAUCAUCGCCGACAUCAUCUCUGCAGAGAAGGCGCUAUUGUUGCCGACUAUUGCGCCGUGACAAACAAAUUCGAUAGAAAGUGUUUUACUGUUCAUAGCGUUUAGUGAAGCGAAAAAAAGGAGUCCGGACGGACGGUGCCACAGUGGAAUGGAUGAGCUGGAAACAGCCAGCUUUGCCGAGCUACAGGAUAAAAAUGAAAUCAUCAGCAAGUACAUCGAACACCUGGAGCAGCUGAAACGGUUGGCUGCGCUACGGGGCCGAAUUAGCGAGUCCGAAUUUAACAAUUAUCUAGUGCGUCACUACUUUCACAAUAAUAACAUCAUCAAUUACAUUUUCGACAAAAACACCAGCCGCAUCCUGCUCAAGACGGUCAUCGAUAGAAAGAAGAAAAUAAUCAAUUUCAUCUUCGUGCUGCUGACGCUGUUCAUCGCCUUUUCCUACAAGCAUGAAGUGUCGACGGUGGUGCUGCGAAACAUCCAGAGUUUCAUCUAUCCGGGCAUGCGGGUGUGGCGGAAGGUAACGGUGCCAAUCAUCGCCAACUAUCCGUCGCUGACGGAGUACUACGACGAGAGCUGUCUGCUGACGAAUCCGUAUUUCCAAGUAGAAAACCUCAACUGUGAUCCCUGUGCGGACGUUGCCAACGUGCUGGACUUUACCAACAUUGACGAUGUUGCUGUUAAUUAUCCGUAUAUUUUUAAGACUCAAAAGGAACUAGUCGACAUCCACCGGUUGCAGGCUCUAUACGAGCAGCAUCGUGCCAUUUUCACCAAGGAUGCAUACAAAAUCCAGUCUACCCACGAGAGCAUCCGCAAUCUGGAUGACCUCUUUCGUCACUUUUUGAACUCGACCCAGCAGGUCGAGAGCCACAGUGUGUGGCGCUGCAAUCGGAUGGCACCGGCCAGGUUGCUGCGCGCGUUGUUUCCACGUCCGGCGAGGUUGCCGCCGACCGGUGUUAGCUUGGAACGGUACCUGAUCGUGGAUACCCCGCAGGCAGCCCCGUACCGCAUUCCGGACGCGGAAUGUGCUAAUAUGUUCGUCAUUCAGGGGCACGGCAGCAGGACCUUCCUGCUGCGACCGACCCAGGAAUGUCGACACCGCUGUCGGACACUGUCUGUGCGGUUGCCGGCCAGCUAUGGGCUUAUCUACAACUGGUGGUACUGGAAGCCAAUAUCGCUGCCGGAACGGUACGCCAAAUCACCUUCCAUCAGCUAUAUUGGUUCGUACUGUUGAGAGAGCGGACAGAUGUGACAACGGCGAAAGGAACAAAAAAAAACAAUAUUACCGAAACUCUAACCUGUUCAAAAGGACGAGCCGAACAACUAACUCACCGAAGCCAAACUAUGGAGCAAAGCAAGAUGCUGAGGGUAAGUCAAGUAUGUUGUAGUAUGAUGAUAUGCCGGUAUUAGGAAAUAAGAGGACAGCGGAAGUCAGUCACCGAGCGCGUACCGCAUUCAAAAGAAAAAAAAAACUAUUCAGUUUAUCUCUCGUGUCUCGUGUGUGAACAUUUUGUUGUACUUUAGUACUGGGAUGGAAAAUUCGUGAUCAUAAAUUUUCUUUUUAAAUGCGUACCAUGCAAGCACCAUAUUCAAACCAGUGCCUAAUUCCGAACAGCUGCAAAUUUUGCAUAAAUAUUGACAAAAUUCUAGCUAUUUAAACAAUUUAAUCACUACAUCUGAUGAUUUCAUAUUAUUAAAAUGGUUUAAAUAGCUAGAGUUCUAUCAAUAUUUAAGAAAAAUUUGCAACUGUUCAGAAUUAGGAGGCACUGUUUUGAAUAUGGUGCUUGCACGGUACGUAUUAGCGAAACUUUACAAGCCAGUUCAAGUUUUCAUCAUUCUUUAAGGAAUGCUCAAAGAGACUGACUUCUUGUGGUAUUUGACACGAAAACAAAAAAAAAAAAACGCAGCUUGAUAGGACGAAAUGCUUCCGCUAACAUAAAUUUUAUCGAACGAUUGUAAAAUAGUCAGUAAGCAAACCAAAACGAUUUUUUGUUAUUUGUUUUUCUUUUCCGUUUUGAUUUCGUUUUUUUUGCAUUCAAUAUGAGAUUAGCAUACGCGUGUGGAUUCUCUAUGGUAAUUCCGUUGGCAUUUCGUGUCUUAGUUGAUAAUUUAUGUGUUACGUGUUAAGAUCGGGGACCCAUCAAAUCGUUCUGAUCGUUCCAAGCAGCAUUUCAAACUAGUUGAAUGUGUUUUAUGACGUAAGCGUGCCACCAGUGACUCCACUAAAAGGGAGAAAAAAAAGAACUUUCAAAAUUUUUAUUUUGAUACCCCCCAGAAAGUUAAAGAAAAACAGGAGGUUGGAGAUUCUGCGAUAUACCUAUUCUAGCCUCCGUCGUAUUAUUAUUAUUUAUUUCGUAACUGAAGCCAAAACCUAGCUGAAAACGUAUUAAGCACAAACACGUAACGAGGUAGUAGUUUUAUGUAAAAGCUUCCAUCAUAGGGUCCCAACCAAAACAUCGGAGAUCAGUAAUAAAGUUGUGUGGGGACAUUGCCAUAACGAAUAGUCUUACGGUAACAGCAGAGAGCAAGGGCAACUGAUGAAGAAGAUAUUGUGAGAUUGUACCACUAAACGGCAUAUUACUAAAUAGGACUUGUGCACACAACACAAAAAAAAGUAUAGACCAAACGAAUAUAAUUCAAAAUUUUGUUUCGUGAAAACGAUUUGAUUUAAGUUGCAACCAUGUUUCUAGUUUUAAUCCAACUUUAAUCCCACUAAUGUCACCAAUACCCAAGCGGCUAUAGAAACAAUAAGCAUUGUUUUGUGAAUAGCAAACACAAAACAGGUCUUAGAUUACUCCCCUAGAGCACAACAAGAUACAUACAUAAAUAUUUCAAAACGAUAAACUGAACUUUCGUCGUAAAACGACUAGUCUAUUAGAUAAGAUCUGAAUAUGAAGUUUAAGAAUCUAGACUCCAAAUUUCUCCAACUUGUUCUUGUUGUUAUUGUGACCUACGCGAUCAAAUGCUGCCAGUGUAGAUAUUAUCAAUUUGUCUGUCAGCGUUUUGUGUCCGUUGAUUUGAUCGUAGUUGAUUACCAAUAACCUGACUUAGCCAGCGAUGGUCAAGGUUGAACCAAUUUCGCAUCCCUACUAGAUUGUUAUAAAACAGUGCAGAUUAAGCAGCGAGGCCUUUGAUGUAUGCCAGAAGAGCAUUAGGUUAAGGCCACUGUGACAGUCUUAAUGAUCAUCUUUUGGGUCAGGCUCCGAUUGUUCUACACAGUCUACGGCCUGCUCAUAUCCAUUGAUGGAUGAUUAAUAAAAUCAAUGACCUUUUGAGAUUUGGGCUCUAGGAAUUAAACUUCCAAAGAAUUACUUACCCUGGUGCGAUGUCUCUCAGAGUUUGGUCUGCAUAAUAAUGUUCCGCCGAUAAACUCGGUCAAUGGCUGUCCGUCUCCAAUUUUAGACUGUCCCACACUUUCCAGGUCUUGUUCCACUUGGUCUAACCAUUGAGCACGCUCGUCCCCAUCGGCUACCACAUUAAAGCCUUUACCAGCUCGAUCGCGCUCAGUUCCUCCUGCUAACAGGUACUUGGUUUUAGACGUAUUCACGACUAAUCCAACCUUCACUGCUUCACAUUUAUGUUUUAUAUACUGCUCAGCAACCACCUGGAUUGUCCUUCCGAUAAUGUCCCGUCAGUAAUGAUCGUUCCACGCAUGUUAAAACCCACGCGUUUCAUAACACCUUCUAACGCAGAGUUGAACAAGAGACAGGAAAUACCAUCGCCUUGUCGAAGUCCCCUGCGUGUUUCAAACGGACUUGAUAAUACGCUCGAAGUCCUCACACAGCGCUGUACACCAUCCAUCGUGGCCUUGAUGAGUCUUCCGUCAGCUUCCCGGGAAAGCCGUUUUCGUCCAUUCCAUAAUUUGUCAUAGCUCUUCACGGUCGGUAGUAUCCUACGCGGUCUUGAAAUCUAUGAAUAUGUAGACCGUACCACAAAGAUUUGGUCCGUUGUCGAUCGCCCGUCUACAAAACCGACUUGAUAACUUCUCACGAAUCUACUUGCUAGAGGCGACAGAUGGCUAAAGAUGAUCAGAAAGAGCACUUUAGGGGCGGCGUCGAGAAUGAUGAUCGAUCGAUAGUUCUCACAUUCCAACUUGUUCCUUCUUGUAUAUUGGACAUAUCACCCCAGAUCUUGACUAUCAGUCAGUGCAGACAAAUAACCAACCAAUCCGGUGUCAUCUUUACCAGCUGCCUUGUUGUUAUUCAAAAACUUAUAAACUAGACCUUUAGGUACUACGCAAUGUCUAUGUUAAAGAAUAAUAUUUUCUCAUACAACUUACUUUUAUUUGCACUUGCCAACAUUAGUAACAACUUACUCAGCAAUUUUAUGAAACUUAUAAGUGCUUCUAUUUUGUUAAAAUUUUGUAAACUUGUUCAAUUUCCAAAAACAACAUUAACCAAUAGAUGAAUUAUGUCCCGAAGACGUGUCGAUUUCUAUCUCAAAUAGCAAGUAAGACCGUAUAACAAAGGUUCCUUUCCCCACUAGGUGGAUUAAAUCAGGUUUUUUUAACAGAUCGGUUGUCUCAACCGCUCUGGUUCGUUCCCGUUGAAUGUUGAUUUUCGCCUUUCUCAGCUCAUCGGCCAUCGUCCCGGGGUGAUAUUGCGAUUCUCGUUUCGAGCGAUUUUGGUUCGUUUCGACCACGUUAAACGAAUGGGCGAAACAAACCAAAAUCACUCGAAACGAAAUUCGCAAUGUCACCCCUGGUUUGGUCGGAAAUUCGUUCGCUCGAGAGCGUUGUUGAUAUUCAACAGUCCCGCCAGGUGUUAGUUUUGAGCUAAGGCUUGGCAUUUUUCAAGUCCGCAUUUUCUAGCCGACGAACGUCGUAAAUAAAACUUUGCAAGCAGUUUUCCGUUCUCGCUCAUUACUCUAAGACCAUCGCGUCCCAUGAUGUGUUCACGAAUCGCGUUAUUUGAGCUAAUCUUUGCGUUGAAGCCGCCUAAAUGGGUUUAGGUUUCUCACGGACACUGGAUGUAAAAGCUUUCUUUCUCCUGCAAAUCGGCAGCGUUUUUUGGCACGUAACACUGGCUUAUCGUAAGGUUUCUCGUAAAGCAAAGCCAUCGGUAUAAACGUCCUUAACAACUAGGCCCUUCUUUAUCGACCGACUUCGCAGCCGGUUAUUAGAGUACAUGACAAUUACGGAGCUAGCGCAGCGAUCCUACUGACUCUGUAUCAGCACCGCCCAGCUGUGAUUCGAACCUACGAUGACCGGCUUGUUAGGCCAGCGUUGUACCCGAAACUUACAGGGCUGUUAAAUUUACUGUUCGUGUUCUGACUCUAACAACUGUUGCUGUUCACGUUCGACUGUAUCAUAUGCUGCCCUGAAAUCCAUCAUAAAAGCACGUUGGACGUUGUAUUCCCGACAUAAAGCCCGCCUGGUACUGCCCCAAAAACCACCCAGUUAGCUUUGAGGUACGAUGCUGGUCUAACAAGCCAGUCGUCGUAUGUUCGAAUCUCGGCUAGGCGGUGCUUGCUAGAUAGAGACAGUAGGAUCGUUACACUGACCCCGUAAUUUUCCUGUACUCUAACAGCCGGCUUCGAAGUCUGUCGAUAAAGAAGGGUAAUGUCUAAUGACGGUUUAAGCCCACGGCUUUGCUUUUGGUAUGCCAGGAGUGUCAGGAGUGGGUCCUUUCCGACGACUCUAUAAAUCUUCGGUUGUCCGAUUUUUCGGCGAAUCUCAGCGAGAUCGGGAGCUGGCUUAUUUUUACCGUUUGUGGGCACUUUCAAGUUAACUUCCCUUCCGUUUCCUUCUGUUAUAUUGCACCUCUCUGCACCUCGCAUUCAUUUGUGACUAGGUUUUCUUCCUCAUCUUUAACAUAUCAGGCCCUGGUGUGUAUUUUUCGCAAGAUGGUUCCUUUCUAAUAGAACGUGUGUCAUUAGCCCGGAGUAGUUGUUCUAGGUCUUCACGAUCCCUGUCCUCCUUCCGGUGCUUUUUCCUCCUAAGGAUCGUGGUCAACUCAUUCCGCGCUCGUCGUCACUUCGCGAAAUUCUCACUCAUGCUAAAAAUGCUUACAUAGUUUUUGCAAGCUCUACUAGUUCUUACAAGUCAUCUUGUGAACUCGAGGUUUCUUUACUGCAAUUGUGAAUACUCACUGGAAGCCAAGUCCUAUCCUGCCCGUCUUUGAGGGUCACAGCACCUGACUUCAAGGAGAUAGCUUCUCGGUAACUUGCGGGCUGUCUAAUUGCCGAACCAACCGAGGAGAACGGUUUUGUCGCGAUGUGUAUCCUGUCGAUAGUUUUGAGCACUGCAAAGCAAAGAUGCAAAGUUGAUGCACUGCUGGGCAUUUAUAUCCCCAGUAACGAUCUUGAUAUUCCGUGACGAACAGCCGUCGCCUUUAGCUGCGUGUAGAAUGCUUUCCUUUCAUCGGGUUUACCUUCAUGUAGACAGUGCACGUUUAUAAUAUGCAGUUAUAGAAACGGCCUUUUAUCCCCAAUCCAUAACGCAAUCCUGACUUCGAUAAACUUGAGCCUUGCCACGACAAAUCCUUCGCUGCUUCUCACCUCUGCCAUAGCUUCCACCGUAGCAAGCCAUCUGUUUGUUUCAUUUCUACCCGAAGGGACUCUGGGAUGUUCCUGGCCUGGAACCAGUAGAGGACAUUUUAAUUGGUCAUAUUACCAGCAAAAAUAUAGAGGAUACUGUAUUUCAGCAGGAUAAUACAAAGAACCAUGUGUGAGCAAUAAAAAGCAUAGUUUUCUGAGGGAAACAUUGCUCCGUCGCUAGUCUUAAUCACAAUUUGAUAAACGCCGAGGAAUCCUGACUGGGAUGAUCUACGCAGCAGUCGACAUUUUUAAGACAUUUGCAGCUUUAGAGCCGCAUUUAAAGAGUGACUCCAAAAAAUGUCUAACUCAAUGUUAAGUAGAACCUUUGGAGUGAUCCGAAACCGUUUCGGGUUGGAACUUUCUCGACUUCAUAAAACUAUUCCUUGAAUGAGAGCUUUUAUGGACCCACUAUUUUGGAAACAAUGUAUCCUUUAAAAUUAUUUGCUCUGUUCGGAAACAUGGUUGCAAUUAGUAUGUUAAGCAAAUACGUUUUGCAGGGUGUGAAAUUAGGCACUAUAGCUAAGUGGUGUAUGCUUUUUUUACUUUUCAUUGUUGGAUGUUGCAAAGCAUAAGAAAAUAAGAUAACAGAAAAGCCGACACGUAAAGAAAAAAAACGUGAAAAAAAAACAAAGUUGUAUAGAAGAUCAACUCUCAUAGUGAAAAAGAGGUAUAUUAGAAACCAAAAACAAGCAAACAAAAAAAACUCAUCUAUUUUUUGGUAGCAAUACACACAGAUUACACAAAAAACUUCAAGCAAGCACAGUAUAAUGAUGAAAUUCGCCGAUAGCGUUGUAUUAAAAAUGUAUAUAAUCGCUCGAAG